AUGACUAUGGUGAUGAAAGUUGAACUUGUGGUUAAUAUUCUUUAUAUUGAUAGUUUUAUUUUCGCUGAUGGUUUUGAUAUUGUCCAUAUUUUUGUUACUGAUUUGAUCGAUGAAAAUUUAGCAAAAAGAGAAGCUAAAGCAUUACGAUACAUUUAUAUAACCCACUUGUUAAGUGGCUGGGAGGUAACAAGUCUUUCAAAUGCUGAAACAGACUUUGCUAUAUCAAGAGUUGUAACUCAACAUUACAAUUAG